AAUUGUCUUUAAUGCUCUAACCAUUUUCCACCCACCGUUUUCUGUAUGAAUCAUUUGCUUUAAAAUGCACUGAGGAGUGCACGAGGAAGCACUAACUUUUCCCUAGGACUUUUCAAAACGACAAUGUUUCCGUCGGGUGGGAAGCGCUGCUUCACUAUAGAGUCUUUAGUGUCUAAGGAGUCUCCAAAGCCGACUGAGAACCACAUGCUGCCACCCGUUUUAAAUUAUCCCAGCUCGACAGAGGCCUUCGUGAACAGACUCCAAAGUCCAGCGGGUAUUUCGUUAAACCCGAGCCCGGAAUUUAUCUACCCCGAGACGCUGAACUAUCCAUCACUUACAGUACACCCUCACCAGCUAGGGGGGCCACACAUCCAGCACCCUGUCCCGUUCUUCGGAGUACAGCAACGCGACCAACUCAGUUUCUAUCCAUGGGUCAUACGGAACAGAUAUUUCGGCCACAGAGUUCAAGGAAACUGCGUCUCCCAAGACAGUCUACUUCUGCACGGACCCUUCUCAAGGAAACCCAAGCGAAUCCGGACCGCCUUCUCCCCAUCACAGCUCAUGCAGUUAGAGAGGGCUUUUGAGAAGAACCACUACGUGGUGGGGACUGAGAGGAAGCAGUUAGCCAACAAUCUCAGCCUAUCUGAAACUCAGGUGAAGGUCUGGUUUCAGAACAGACGGACAAAGCACAAGCGACAGAAGAUGGAGGAGGAGGGUCUGAGUGGACAGGAGAAGAACAAGUCCAGCCACCAUAUCAGCAUGUGGAGACUCGCCACCGGGCAGGACAGCCAGAGCCUCAUAAACGUUACGUCGGAUGACUAGCCCAGCCACUCCCUCACUGCAGUCUCCGCCUCAUUCACCUUAUUUAUUUCAUAAAUAUAAAGACCAAUGUUUCCAAAUCCAGUGCUCGGGGACCCACAGACAAUCCAUAUUUUUAUUCCCUGGGAGGGAACAAAAAUGUGGACUGUCUGGCAGGGAGCUGGGAAGGAGCAGAAACGUGGACUGUCUAUGGGUUCCUGAGGACCAGCUGGAAAACACUGGUAUAAAUGUAUGCGAAUAUGUCUGAGCAUCCCUGAAUUGUUGGGGGUUGUUCAGAAAUCUUUCACUAUGUGUGGGCAGCCCCCUUAUUUCGUGAAGAUUUUUAAUUUUACAACUACUUCAGUUGCUUUGGCUAGAAAAUCCACAUAUUAAUGGUCUAGUGACACAAAUUUAACUGAUGAUGUAAAAUGGCAUUCAGCCAAUAAAGAUGUUCAUAAACGACAAGGCUCGGAUUAAAUGGGUGAUUUCACAGAUAGCUAUGGAAGAACAUUGUAUACAAGGGUCAGUGCACGUUGUACUUGAGAAGGACUCCUGAAUUAAAGUGUGAGAUGGUUCUCCUUGGGAUUAACACUGGUGAGUGUUGGUGUGCAUUUGACCCAGACAUGGUCAUCUGUACUCUGAACCAGGUCAGUCCGAGAUAGAUGCUGAAGAACGCAACACAUCCUCAGAAUGGGAAGACAGACAUUCAGACAGGUUCUUGAGAGACCCUGAGUUAGCACCAGCUCUCCAGGCAGUUUGCUUAAGUCUGGAUUAGCCGCCUGUUUUGAUUUUGAACCUUGGUUGUUUUGAAGUCUUCAUUUGGCAUAAAAGGAUGUCUACUUCCUGAUUAUUUCAUACCAGUCUGAGUCAUCAGUGUUCGAUUUGAAAGGUACUCUAAUGUUACCAUAUCAACCACUCAAGCUCUAAGAGACUGAAAUACUGCAGCAAUUAUGUAAACCUUUAGAUUUAAUAAACAACUGAAAAU